UUGGUUCGUCGGUUGGCCGCUCGGUAGGUGCGAACGGAGCUGCCUGAGGGGAGCAACGCUGUGGCGCGCGGGGAGGCUGGGCGGUCACCCCCUUCCCCGGCCGACGGAUAAGCGCUCCCCCAUCAGAGAAGAUGAUUGAGGAAAGUGGAAAAAGGAGGAGGACAAUGGCAGAAAAGAGACAGCUGUUCAUGGAAAUGAGGGCCCAGAAUUUUGAUGUCAUCCGACUUUCAACAUAUCGGACUGCUUGUAAACUGAGAUUUGUGCAAAAAAGAUGUAAUCUUCACCUUGUGGAUAUUUGGAACAUGAUCGAAGCCUUCCGAGACAAUGGCCUUAAUACCCUGGAUCACAACACAGAGAUAAAUGUUUCUCGAUUGGAAACAAUAAUUUCAUCCAUCUACUACCAGCUGAAUAAACGCCUUCCUUCUACUCACCAGAUCAGUGUGGAGCAAUCCAUCAGCCUUCUUCUUAACUUCAUGAUAGCAGCAUAUGACAGGCUAGGCCAUGGGAAGUUGACGGUAUUUUCCAUAAAAGCCAUGUUGGCAACCAUGUGUGGUGGGAAAAUUCUGGACAAGUUAAGAUAUAUUUUCUCUCAAAUGUCUGAUUCCAAUGGCUUGAUGAUAUUUUCAAAGUUUGACCAGUUUCUGCGAGAGGUUCUGAAACUUCCUACUGCUGUUUUUGAAGGACCUUCCUUUGGCUACACAGAAAACUCUGUGCGGACGUGUUUCCCACAGCAGAAAAAGAUCAUGCUAAACAUGUUCUUAGACACAUUAAUGGCUGACCCACCACCCCAGUGCCUUGUAUGGCUACCUCUCAUGCACAGACUUGCGCACGUAGAAAAUGUCUUCCAUCCAGUGGAAUGUUCUUACUGCCGGUGUGAGAGCAUGAUGGGCUUCCGGUACCGAUGCCAGCAGUGCCACAACUACCAGCUCUGUCAAAAUUGUUUUUGGCGUGGCCACGCAAACGGCCCUCACAGCAACCAGCAUCAGAUGAAGGAGCAUUCCUCUUGGAAAUCGCCUGCCAAGAAGCUGAGCCAUGCCAUUAGUAAAUCUCUUGGUUGUGUACCCACUAGAGAACCUCCUCACCCUGUAUAUCCGGAACAGCCAGAGAAGCCCCUUGACCUUGCCCAUAUAGUCCCUCCUCGGCUCCUCGCUAACAUGAAUGAUGCCAUGGUUACCCACAUGUCUUCUGGAGCCCCCACACCAACAAAAAGGUUGCAGUGCAGCUUGGCCGUCCCUGGUCGGCUCAGCGAUGAGCAUGCCCUGAUAGCAGCCUACGUGAGCCGGCUACAGAGCGGUACACGUGUCCUCGAUAGCCCCAGCAGACUGGACGAGGAGCACAGGCUAAUUGCCCGGUAUGCUGCCCGGUUGGCUGCUGAAGCUGGAAAUGUGCCACGUCCUCCAACAGAACUCGGGUUCAACUUUGAUGCAAACAAACAGCAAAGGCAGCUGAUAGCAGAACUGGAAAACAAGAACAGAGAAAUACUGCAAGAAAUCCAGCGCCUCCGACUGGAGCAUGAGCAGGCCUCCCAGCCCACACCGGAAAAAGCCCAGCAGAACCCAACAUUGCUGGCAGAACUCCGGCUAUUGCGGCAAAGGAAGGAUGAGCUGGAACAGCGAAUGUCUGCUCUGCAGGAAAGCCGGAGGGAGCUGAUGGUACAACUGGAAGGGCUCAUGAAACUACUCAAGGAAGAGGAGCAAAAGCAGGCAGCCCAGGCUGCAAGUUCUCCACACACCUCCCCCACGCACGGGGCUGGCCGGUCAAUGCCUAUGCCAGUCAGGUCAACAUCUGCAGGCUCCACCCCAACUCACGUACCCCAAGAUUCACUUGCUGGCGUUGGUGGAGAUGUUCAGGAAGCAUUUGCACAAGGAACCCGACGAAACCUUCGUAAUGAUUUGCUGGUAGCAGCUGAUUCAAUUACCAACACAAUGUCAUCUUUGGUGAAGGAGCUUCACUCAGGUGAGGAAGGAGGGGAAGAGGAUGAUGACAAGAUGCAAAAUGGAAAGGACAGAGGUUAACCAGAAGGACCCAGUAUGGCUACUAUUUCAAGUACUGAGGUGUGAGCUCCUGUUUUAAAGACGUCUCUGCAUCCUUCAGCCGAGGCAUGUUCCAGCCGACACAUCCACCAUUGUGAAGCCGUGAAGAUCACAACCAGCAGGGAAGCAGCCUCCUUCUACAGACUGAGUGGCUUUCCUGGGGGAGCGAGGGUGGGGGGGGGCACUUCCUUAGGUUUGCAUGUCCUGUUUCCAUAGGUGUUCCCAUGCUAAUUGGACAGAGCCUCAUCUCAGUCUCCAGGAGAAAUGCCAAGAGCAGCUUCUCAAAAAGCCAAGCCACCCUCCUGUGAAAGGGUCUCAGUUCCCUGCCCAGCAGCCUCAUUGCCACUUCAUCAUGCCACGGGCACUUCCACGUGACCUUUGAUCCCUUGUGUGCACGUUGAAAAAGCAGACUUGCAACCAGCCAAGUUUCAUUAUGCUCAGCACCCUCCAAAUGCUGAGCGCGGACCUUUCUUUAAGCCACUCUCAUGUUCUAAAAAUGCCACUCUCUCUCUCUCUUUCUCUCUCUUGUGUUUUGCUGAAUGUUGGGUUACCUUAGGGCUUUGCAGGUGCAGUGUUGCCGUGUUGCAUAGUGCAGGUAAGGAAUGAGGUCAUGAGAG